GGAUAGAUGGUCCUUACGGUAGCCCUCGGGAAGGACUAAACCCUCGCAAGGAUCCGGAAUGAAGUCUUCCUCGAGUUGAGGACCCGUGGACUCAAGGCCCGGGCGAUCGUUGGGAAGGAAUAAUCUUUGGGCAGGAGAAAAGUUUUGCCGGGAUCGAAGAGUGACAGACAGAGUCUGGAGACGGGAGGGGAGAACACAGGAACACCACGAGCGCGAGUGCAGAUGAACGGCAGCUGACGAGAAACAGGGCAAUGUAGAUGCAAAUUUCGAGUGUAGAUCAAAUUUGAUCUGGAAAUCUGAUCACCGAGCAUCGAAAGCGUUGUCCAAAGGUUGGAAAAAUGGCGGUGACUUCGGCGAGUUCCAGCACUCUGGAGUUCAUCAACACGAUGUUCCCCACCGAGGCAUCAUUGGUUGCAGUGGACCCCCUCAUACACAAGCUACGGAAUGAAAUUCGUCGAGUCGAUGCUGAGAUUUUGGCCGCCAUACGGCAACAAAGCUCAUCAGGCUCAAAAGCUAAAGAGGAUCUGGCAGCGGCAAUGCGAGCUAUCCAGGAGCUGUCACAAAAAAUAAAAGAAAUAAAAUCUAAAGCAGAACAGAGCGAAGUGAUGGUGCAAGAGAUAUGCCGUGACAUUAAAAAGCUUGACUUUGCGAAGAAACACAUAACCAUGACCAUCACAGCACUUCAUCGGCUUGCCAUGCUGGUGUCAGCUGUCGAGCAGCUGCAAGGUAUGGCCGCAAAACGUCAGUACAAAGAAGCAGCUGGACAGCUUGAGGCUGUGAAUCAACUCUGUAGCCAUUUUGAAACGUAUAGUGACAUCGCCAAAAUCUCAGAAUUGAGGGAGAAGUUCAAAAAUAUCAAGCAGACGCUAAAAUCACACGUUUACUCCGAUUUUUCAAGUUUAGGGACCGCGGGACUGAAGGAUGACGGGCAACAAAUGCAACAACUAGCAGAUGCAUGCCUGGUGGUCGACUCUCUAGACGAGUCUGUUAGAGAAGAACUUAUCCGAAAUAUUUGCAGUAAGGAGUUGACCGCCUAUCAACAAAUAUUUCAGGGGACAGAAGUUGCAAAGUUGGACAAGGCAGAGCGACGUUAUGCGUGGAUAAAGAGGCAGCUACGAGCUAACGAGGAAAUCUGGCAAAUGUUUCCACCAUCCUGGCGGGUUUCAUACUUGUUGUGCAUGCAAUUUUGCAAAGUCACGAGGGCCCAGCUCAUGGAGAUCUUAGAUACAGCGCAGCCGAAGCCAGAUGUGGCGACGCUACUACAGGCCUUGCAGAGGACACUUGAAUUUGAGCAAGAGCUGGCAGAACGAUUUGGAGAAGGCAGCAAUUCUGCUGGUACGGAUGAGGACAGUGAUGAUGAUGCGCCUGAGGGGUCUGAAAAGGAUGGGGAAUUGACAGCUUCAGCUAUAAGGAAGAAAUAUCAAAAGCAGCUUGCAUUGAAACAGCAUGAAGGAGACUCUGAGAAGCAAACCAAGCAGAUUGCUGGCAAUGCUGCCGCACUUGCGGGAUUCAGCUUCAAGGGAACUGUGUCAUCCUGCUUCGAACCACAUUUGGGUGCUUAUGUAGAGCUGGAGGAGAAAACUCUCAUGGAAAACUUGGAAAAGCUUAUCCAGGAGGAGACUUGGGAGGCUGAGGAGGGCAGCCAAACAAAUAUUCUUGUUAGCAGCACACAGGUUUUCCUUAUUAUCAAGAGAAGCUUAAAACGCUGCAGUGCACUAACAAGGAAUCAGACCCUCUUUAAUCUGUACAAGGUAUUUCAGCGUAUUCUCAAAGCAUAUGCAGGUAAACUUUCCGCGCGGCUGCCGAAAGGUGGGACAGGCCUUGUUGCUUCAGCUACUGGUACCGAGGGACAAGUAAAGGUUACAGACAGAGAGGAGAGAGUGAUAUGUUACAUUGUAAAUACCGCGGAAUACUGCCACGAGACGGCAGGUGGGCUUGCGGAGAAUUUAGCUAAAAUCAUCGAUACUCAAUUUUCAGAGAGCAUAGACAUGUCGGAAGAACAGGACGAGUUUUCAGGAGUUAUUACAAAAGCGUUAUCAACAUUGGUGCUCGGUCUUGAGAAUAAAUUGGAAGCAGAGCUUGCAAAUAUGGCUAGGAUGUCCUGGGGAACACUUGAGGGAGUGGGCGAUCAGUCUGAAUAUGUAAAUGGAAUCAGCGCGAUUUUGUCAAGCAGUGUUCCUAUUAUUUCUGGCCUGCUAUCUCGGCUCUACUUUCAGUUUUUUAUGGAUAAGCUGGCAGCCUCUUUUGCACCACGUUUUUAUUUCAACAUUUUCAAGUGCAAGCGCAUCUCAGAGACGGGUGCCCAGCAGAUGCUUCUGGAUACACAUGCCGUGAAGACCUUGUUAUUGGAAGUCCCUUCUCUUUGUGGGCAGACUUCACCGCCAGGGAGUUAUACUAAGUACGUAACGCGGGAGAUGGGGAAAGCAGAAGCUCUUCUCAAGGUUAUUUUGUCACCCAUGGAGGCGAUCGCAGACACCUACCGAGCAUUGCUUCCAGAAGGGACUGCUAUGGACUUCCAACGUAUUCUUGACCUUAAGGGUCUUAAGAGGACUGAUCAACAACCCUUGCUGGACAUUUUCAGCAAGAGGGGUCAGGGUGGGGUACCUGCAGCUAGCCCUUCUGCGAUGGCUGUUACCAGUCAUGCUCUCUCACCUGCAAAUUCUCUCAUGCCAUCAGCUACGCAGGAAAUCCGGGAAAUCAUGAUGUCUCGUGCAGCUGCUCUUGGCAGAGGAGCUAUGGCUCAGUCUGCACUGGCAGCAGCAGCAGCAGUUUCGAGUAGUAACGGGCUAAAACGAAUUUUCGCUUUGGCAGAGCAGGCAAAAGAGGGAGCCGCUAAGAAGGAGGGAUUCCGUAAGCUGUUCAACACAUGAAUACCAUUUUCUGUGAAUUGGAGGCAUCUAACCUCAUUAAUUUUAAUCCUCUUUUCCCUCUUUACUUGGCUGCAUUUAAAAGAGCAGGUUAUCGACAUUUCUGUAUAUUGUGGAAGUAGCCUGACAAGAACAAGCAGUCUAACACCCUGUACAGUUCUAACUCACUUACACAUGGUCAAAGAUUGUACGCAUAGAACAACGCUAUUUGAUCAUAGAACCUGGCCCCUUGGACUGCAUGGACGGUGCAAGCAACUCGGAUGGGUUUUGAGGAAGAGCAGAAAUACAAUAGCAGUGGGAACAACCUCUCCUUGUAGUGUGGGUGUAUACCUCGUACAGGUCUUCACUGCACUGUCAAUUUGACCAACGGAUAUUCCGCCCACCAACACAUUGGAAACUGGUGCCGCAUCUCUGGGCUUUUGAAUGUAGGUCAUGGAACUUUGAGAGAGCUAUGAGGCCACUGACCUCUCCGUCUUUUAAUAAAGAGUGGCUCUCUCAGCGUCGAACUUUCUACCGUUGGUCUUGUGAAUUCGUUCUGGCAGUUAGGCCUCUCUUAUUGCGCGUGCAUUAGAUUGAUACAGAUGACAAGUCAGAAAUGCUGAACUGGAUCUAAUCUUUUAUGGGCCUAUUGUCCAUAUUUUCCACUUAUAAUGGAAAAAGUUC